CCGACAAGGAUAAGAAUACGUGGCUGUAAAGCACAUUUAUACCUCUCCUUCCUAGCCGGCCGUUAAAAAAAAAGAAAAAAAAAGAAAAGAAAGUGGAACACAAGAUUUAAGCAAAAAAGGAAACGAAAAAAAUAAUUCGGGUACCAAAAGGAAACAAAUAGGAGUCUGAUUUGAUUUGAAUUUUGGAAUCUCCGGCGAUGGGACGGGCAGAGAUGGUGGUAGGCCCGUCGGCGGCGGCGGUGGCGUACCACCUGAAGAAUGAGGCAAUUAGUUGGUGGGAAGAGGUGAACAGAUCUCGAGCUUGGCAAGACCGUAUAUUCCACGUCCUCGCUAUCCUCUACGGCAUUGUCUCCGCCGUUGCUCUUGUUCAAUUAAUUCGCAUUCAAAUGAGAGUUCCUGAAUAUGGUUGGACCACUCAAAAAGUCUUCCACUUUCUCAAUUUCUUGGUGAAUGGGGUUCGCUCGCUAGUUUUUGCAUUUCGGCGGGAUGUUCAGAAAUUUCACCCCGAGAUUGUCCAACAUAUUUUGCUUGAUAUGCCAAGUCUUGCAUUCACAUCUAGAGCAACAUUAUCUUGA